AUGGCUGCUGCAAUAAACGGCCGAUUAUUGCUUCAAUAUGAAUACAUAUUGCUACUUGCUUACAUGAGACACAGAAGAAGGCGCAAUAAAGUUAAGAGAAAACACAGGUUUUGGGUGAGACGUAUUUUUCAGCAGAGAAGCCAAUGCGGCCAGUACACAAACUUGUUUGCCGAACUAAGACUUGGGGAUAGAGAAUAUUUUUUCAGAUUCAUGCGAAUGACACCUCAGCGAUUUGAACAUUUGCUGACUUUGGUUGCACCAUUUCUCAAGAAAAAGCAUUGUAGAAGUAGAGUCCCGAUUUCACCAGAAGAACGAUUGGUUGUGACAAUUAGGUAUUUAGCCACUGGUGAUUCCCAGCAAUCACAAUCAUUUAAUUUUAGAUUAGGAAAAUCUACAGUUUGCCAAAUAAUAAAAGAAACAUGCGAUGCUAUUUGGAAUGCUCUGAAUGAAACUUUUCUUUCUGCCCCCGAGAAAAAAGAAGAUUGGGAGAAAAUUGCAAGCGAGUUUGAAGAUAAAUGGAACUUUCCAAACUGUUUGGGGGCCCUGGAUGGCAAACAUGUAGCAAUGGAGUGCCCUAAAAACCAAGGCUCAGCCUGCUACAACUAUAAGGGCUUCCACAGCCUGGUUUUGCUGGCCGUGUGUGAUGCCAAUUACUGUUUUUCCCUUGUAGACAUUGGGGGCAAUGGGGGAGAUAACGAUGCCUCAAUUUUUGCACAGUCAGAGAUGGGUAUGGCUUUCAACAACAAUGAAAUUGAUUUCCCAGAACCUAAAACAGUAAAUGGCCACAAUCUACCACAUGUGUUGGUGGGAGAUGAAAUAUUCAAAUUGGAGACAUGGCUAAUGAAGCCAUAUCCAGGGAGAGACCUUACACCCGAUAGAUCAGUUUAUAAUUAUCGGCUGUCAAGAUGCCGGAGAACAAUAGAAAAUACAUUUGGCAUUCUUUCUGCUAAAUGGCGCAUAUUUAGAAGACCCAUCCGUGCAAGUAUCACAACAGUUGAUAGAAUAAUCAAAGCCUGUGUGUGCUUGCACAACUAUCUCAAGCAGUUAGAGAAUGCCAAUUACACACCUAGGGGAUUUGUUGAUUCAGAAGAUGCAAAUGGAAAUUUCCUUGCUGGCACUUGGAGAUCUAUUGUAUCAACAGAUGAGUCAGCUUUACAUCCCAUUAAGAAAAGAAGUUGCAAUAACUUCAGCAAAAGUGCAAAAGCAACAAGGGACAGUUUCAAGACAUACUUUAAUAGCAAAGCUGGCUCAGUUUUCUGGCAAAAAGAACAUGUAGAAAGUUGUGGUGACACAUUAAUAUAAACUGCAUAAACAAAAUAAAUCAAUUAAACAAAGCUGUAUCAAUAUUGUUUGUGUUUAGUUACUGUUAUUUGUGUUUAGCUCAAAUCAGUGUAUAGCAUAUGAUUACUGCUACCAUGUGUACUUGCUUCUGGGGUAGCCUCUUCUAGGAAGGCAGCAUGUUUACCUGGUGUCUGAAAUGGCACUUGGAGUUGUUGAUAUGGAGAAUUCUCAAUUCUGUUUCCAUCCCUAGGCACAGGCCUUGGGAUAAAGGGCCUGUUUUGAUUCAAGCUUAACUGCUGUUGAUUAUUUGGUGAAA